AUGACGUUCCGAAGGGAAAUGAGCCGUGACGCUGCGGCUGCUUCAGAAGAGGAACGGCAGGAAGAGGAACUACAGGGGGAGGAGAGGCAGGGGGAAGGAAUGCAGGGAGAAGGGAGGCCAGGAGAGGGGCUCGCGGUGAGGGACAACGACAGGAGAGACGCUGAGAUGGGCAAGAGCGGAAGGGUGGCUAAAAUGAGGGGAGAAGGAAGAACGGAGGCCUCUGGAAGAAUGGGAGGGGUGGAAGGGGUGGUGGUGAUCAGAGGCCGAGAGAGCAUCGUCAUCCCUGCAGAGGAGUGGUAUGCUUUGAGAGCCAACAGGUUGACAGUCAGCGCAUUUGAGAAGGCCGUGGGGUUCUAUCCCGGGGGGAGGCAGCAGCUGUGGGAGGAGAAGGUGGGGCUGAGGGCGCCGUUUGCCGGGAAUGAGGCGACUGCGUGGGGGCAGGGGAGGGAGGAGGAGGCUCUGAUGGAGUAUGAACGGCUCACAGGGGGGCGGGUCGAGCAUAGGUCGUUCCUAGUGAGGGUGUGUGUAGGGUAG